AUGGCUUCAGAGGAAUUGAAAUCCUGGAUCGCCGGGAUGCCCAAGGCCGAGUUACACGUCCAUUUAGAAGGUUGUUUAACCCCGGCACUCGUCCACACCUUCGCAGAACGGAACAAUCUCCCGUUGCCGGCAGCCUUGUCGUCGCUCGAUCAAACCUCGGGCUAUUCAUUCCACGACCUCACCACCUUUCUAGCCGUCUAUUACCCAAACCUCGCGGUCCUGCAGACGGAGCAUGACUUCCGCGAUCUUGCCAUGGAUUACCUCACCCGUGCACAUGCCCAGAACAUCAAGCAUGUCGAACUCUUCUUCGACCCUCAGGCGCACACUUCCCGAGGCGUCCCUUUUCCCACCGUCCUCCGCGGAUAUCGGCUCGCGCUGUUGACGGCUCAGCGCACGCUCGGCAUCUCCGCCAGCCUGAUCAUGUGCAUCCUGCGCGACCAGUCGGCAGAGUAUGCCAUGGCCACGCUGAUGGAAGCUCUGCCUUUCAAGGACUCUAUCAUUGGCGUGGGUCUGGACUCGGAUGAGCGGGGGAAUCCGCCUUCCAAGUUCGCGGCCGUUUUCCAGCGGGCAAGCAAAGAAGGUUUCUUGAUGACCGCGCACUGCGACAUAGAUCAGCCCAACAGCAUCGACCACAUCCGCCAGGUCGUCCAGGAGAUACAGGUGGAUCGCAUCGAUCAUGGCACCAAUGUUGUGGAGGACGACUCCCUGGUUGAGAUCCUGCGCCACAAGGGCAUCGGGCUGACCUGUUGCCCGGUCUCGAAUUCGGUGGUGACGGACGACUUCAAGGGCAAAGAGAUCGUCGACCUUCUCCGGCGAGGAGUCAAGGUCACCGUCAACUCGGACGACCCGGCCUACUUUAGAGCCUAUGCCAAUGAGAAUAUGGAAAAGAUGGCCAUGGGGACUGAUGUGACCAGGAAAGAAUUGAUUCAGCUUCAGCGAAAUGCCUUUAGCAUUUCAUGGAUCUCAAUCUGGCGGAAAACCCAUUUUCUUUCCCUCCUGCAGGAAUAUGAAGAUAGAACAUUGUCCACUGUAGUCAAUGGGGUAUGA